CAAGCCCGCUGGCGGCGGCGUUUCCUGGUGACUGAGCCCCAGCGCGGAGGAUAUGAGCAGCCGGGAGGUCCUGGGCCAGGCGGCCCGUCUGGCCUCCUCCGGUCUGCUCCUGCAGGUGUUGUUUCGAGUGAUCACCUUUGUCUUGAAUGCAUUUAUUCUUCGCUUCCUAUCCAAGGAAAUCGUUGGCGUAGUGAAUGUCAGGCUAACACUGCUUUACUCGACCACCAUCUUCCUGGCCAGAGAGGCUUUCCGCAGAGCAUGUCUGAGUGGAGGUACCCAGCGGCACUGGAGCCAGACCCUCAAUCUCUUGUGGUUAACAGUCCCUUUGGGUGUGUUUUGGUCCUUGUUCCUGGGCUGGGUCUGGUUGCAGUUGCUCGAAGUGCCUGAUCCUAAUGUUGUCCCCCAUUAUGGAACUGGAGUGGCGGCGUUUGGUCUCUCAGCAGUGGUGGAACUUCUGGGAGAGCCCCUCUGGGUCUUGGCACAAGCACAUAUGUUUGUCAGGCUCAAGGUGAUUGCUGAGAGCCUGUCAGUAAUCCUCAAGAGCAUCCUGACAGCUCUUCUCGUGCUGUGGUUGCCUCACUGGGGACUGUAUAUUUUCUCUUUGGCCCAGCUUUUCUUUACUGCAGUGCUGGUGCUCUGCUAUGUUAUUUAUUUCACAAAGUUACUGGGUUCCCCAGAAUCAUCCAAAGGCCAAGUUCUUCCUGUCUCCAGAAUGACAGAUCUCUUACCCAGCAUUACGAGAAGUAGAGCUUUUGUAAAUUGGGAAGAGGCUAAAUUGACUUGGAGUUUUUUCAAACAGUCUUUCUUGAAACAGAUUUUGACAGAAGGAGAGCGAUAUGUGAUGACAUUUUUGAACGUGUUAAAUUUUGGCGAUCAGGGGGUGUAUGAUAUAGUGAAUAAUCUUGGCUCCCUUGUGGCCAGAUUAAUUUUCCAGCCAAUAGAGGAGAGUUUCUACAUAUUCUUUGCUAAGGUGCUGGAGAGAGAAAAGGAUGCCACACUUCAGAAGCAGGAGGAUGUUGCUGUGGCUGCCGCGGUUUUGGAGUCCCUACUGAAACUGGCCCUGCUGACCGGCCUGACCAUCACUGUUUUCGGCUUUGCCUAUUCUCAGCUGGCUUUGGACAUCUAUGGAGGGGCCAUGCUUAGCUCAGGAUCAGGUCCUGUUCUGCUGCGUGCCUAUUGUCUCUACGUCCUCCUGCUUGCGAUCAAUGGAGUGACCGAGUGUUUCACUUUUGCUGCCAUGAGCAAAGAGGAGGUCGACAGGUACAACUUCACAAUGCUGGCCCUGUCAUCUUCAUUCCUGGGGUUAUCCUAUCUCCUGACCCAUUGGUGUGGCAGUGUGGGCUUCAUCUUGGCCAACUGCUUCAACAUGGGCAUUCGGAUCACACAGAGCCUCCGCUUCAUCCACCGCUACUACCAAAAGAGCCCCCACAGGCCACUGGCCAGCCUCUACCUGUCGCCAGUCCUCCUCGGGGCAUUCGCCCUCAGUGGUGGCAUUACUGCUGUUUCAGAGGUGUUCCUCUGCUGUGAGCGGGGCUGGCCAGCCAGGCUGGCACACAUCACUGUGGGGGCCCUCUGUUUGGGAGCAACUCUCAGGACAGUGUUCCUCACAGAGACCAAGCUGAUUCACUUCCUCAGGACUCAGUUAGCUGUGUCCAGACUCGCUGACAAAACGACGUGACCUCACGGAUGCACUGGCACCUGUGGCACCUGGACCAACUACUAGGUGGUUUUGUGGGUGGAACACGUUUUCUCUGCAGAAGAGCCCAGCUAAGUGUUCUACCGUGGAGUGAGCCCAGCCCAGGCAGGUGAGAUGUUAGAGCAAAUCUCCACCAGACCAAACGCUUACUGUCCAUUUGAGGUUUCAGACAGGAAGGAGGGGUUCCAUUUUUAAGGGAGGGGCCAAAAGCUCUUUUAAAAUAUAUGCAAUUAUUUUUUUCACCAUUUUUUUGUAAUCAGCAUUGUUCUUUUUGAAUUAUGUAUUAAUUCCUUUUGGGUGCGAUUGAUCUUAGCAGCUAUAUGCUCCAACAAACUAUAUCUUGGAUGUUAAUAGUCGGAGUUCCUCUUGUGGCUCAGCAGGUUAAGAACCGGAGUAGUAUCCAUGAGGGCACGGGUUUGAUCCCAGGCCUCGCUCAGUGGGUUAAGGAUCCAGAGUUGCUGAGAGCUGCAGCAUAGGUCACAGACGCGGCUCGAAUCUGGAGUUUCUGUGGCUGUGGUGUAGGCCAGCAGCUGCAGCUCCAGUUGGAUCCCUAGUCUGGGAACUUCCAUAUGCCUCAGGUGUGGCCCUAAAAAGAAAAAAAAAUGUUAAUAGUCAUCUGGCCCAGAAGGAGAGAUGUAAUGAUGUAGCCAUUUUACCUUUCACAGAAAGACUUAACUUUUUCUGUAAAAGCAGAAAGGAGACUUGAUGUUAUGUGAUAUAAUGCACCAAAGAAGAACAAAGCUGGCCCCAGAGUUGUGCGUUUCCUCACAUCGACACUGUGGCCUGGGUUUUUAGAGACAGAAGAAUGCUACUCAGUGAGAAAUCCAAGAAAUAAGUCUUUUAGAUCGUAUUUCCCACAGCCAGGGGGAGUCACUUCUUCAUAUCUGUGUCCCCCAGGCCAACACACAGCUUCCAAGAGCAGGUACAAGCCAGUUCUUGACCUUUGUCCUGGCCACCUGAAAGAGGGGGACUUUGAAGGACACUGUGAUCCAGUGUGAACCACUUUGCUUCCUGAAAGGAACACUACGUUGCAGUUGGCUGUAACUUCUCACGUGGAAGUUGCACACAUGACAACUAAAGUUGAAUAGAGGUAUCUUUUUUUUCCCUCAGAAUGAAAUAGGAUAGAUUUUUUAUGGCAGCUGUCACUGACUCACAGCCCUCCCACUGACCCAUUACUUCCAGCACUGGUCAUUACACUUGAAUUCCAACCUGGGACAAGACUGCCAGGCUUUCGGGUCUGGUCCUCCAGGUGGUGAUGUGAGCCUAGGCUAAGGUUUACGUCUCUGCCCUGCACCCAGCAGGUAAGAUCAUCAGGCAUUGUUCUGAGGCAGCAAAGCUGUUUGCUUCCUUCAUUAAUGUAUUUACUUAAUGUCAUUAAUGUAUUAGUUAAUUGAAUAUGAUUGGCCUUUGGAGCUGCAUGCACAAACUCUAUCUUGGAUGCUAAUAGUCAUUAUCUGGCGUCAACAUCCCCAAACUUCCUAUGUUUAUACCCAGAGAGCCAGGCAACUUGAAUCAGAGACCGUUGGCUGAAAUGCACAUAUUUAAAUCCACUGGCCCAGAGCCAUUGCCAAGAAGCCAAAGAUAAAGAUCCACCAGCACACCAAGACUAGGAUCCAGUCACCUGGACACCUCUUUAUCUAUCCAAAGAGAGAAUGGUUUGUAUUAGCUCGGAGGAAAGCAGCUAAAUGCAAGGUAUCACUGAGCAAUCAGGCCCUCCAGAAGCACGGCUUGGUCAUGUUUUGCAAAGCAGGGUCAGCCUAGCUCAGAAGAACUGAUUGCCCCGUGGGGUAGGGUGGGUGGCACACACAGAAGGCAGCCCUUCUUCCCAUGUACUUUUUCUCCUUUUUUUUGUCUCCAGCCCUCACAAGUUCCUUCUCUACUGCCACUGACCACCCUUCCCUCCGCUAGAACCCUGUCACCCACCCCCUGCCCUCUUGACCCCGAGCUCAAAGUGUGGUCCUUGGACGACCUGCAUCAGAAUCGCCUGGAUUACAGUUAGAAAUGUCGGUUUCCCAGACCCAUUCCAGACCCUUGGCAUCUGCAUCUCUGGGGCAGGCCUCUGGGACCAGUUUCUUCUGCAAACCAAGGUUGGCACCCCCGUCGUCCUCACCGGCUGCAGGGCCCAGGGCCAGUUGUGUUCAUGUUCCCAGUUUCUGUUGCGGCUGUGGGAAGAGAGCCUCCAUUGCCUAAGCAGCGUUGCUGGCUCCCCAGCUCCUCAGGAGCAAGAGCAUCACAGCUCCCACUCUGCUCUCCAGCCUGGAGAGGCUCUGCGUCUGAUGGUGAGGGCUCGUGUUCAUCUCGUCCCCAUGCACCCCACUGGGCACUGCCAUCAGCACGGGGCUGCCGCAGACAGUGCCAGCCCCUCUUGUAAGAUGGCCAGCUGGGAUGGCCGCCUAGGGCUCCAUCCUGUGGCCUGCUUCCCCGUUUAUAGAAAGAGGAGUUCCGAUGACCAGGGCUUUGGGCAGUGGGUGUUUUCCCAUUACUAACACCUGCCUCCUGGGCUCCAGCACUUGGGCAGCGGGCACUUUGCAGUCCACAGCCUCUGCCUCCGCCCCUGCUCCCUGGGGCACAGCUGGGCCUGACCACUUGACUCUGGGGCUUUCCCCCCACCAGCCCCCUAGAGCCACACCUGUGCCUCGGGUUGCUUGCAUACAUGGGACCUGAUCCAUGUGACCCAAGAAGGAUUUUGCAGGGGAAAUCACACUUUGGGCUACAAUUACCACUUAAAGUAUAGUGAGGCUAGUUCUUCAUGGAAACAAGUCUCUAAAACACAUAGGUUUAUGAAAUGAAGAAAGCUUUGGUGGUGAGAAUAACAGCAUUUCUUCUUUCUGUGAUUCUCUGGCCACACAUAUGUGUUGGUGGCCAGGUUGGCCUGUCAGGUCCCUCCAUGAGAAGAUAUGCUGAAUCACUGCUUCCUCAGCAGUGACUCCUAGCUCUGGUGGUGCUGUAUAUGCUGUCCCAGGCCCUGCCACUUACCAACCUAAUGCAGCAGGACACCGACUUGAUUCUGUCUUUUUAAAAAAUUUUUUAAUUAAAAAAAAAUUUUUGGCCAUGCCGUCAGCAUGCACAAAUUCCAGGGCAAAGGAUCGAACCUAUGCCACAGCAGCAACCCAAGCCAGCGACAACACCAGAUCCUUAACCCACUGAGCCAACAGGGAAUUCCUUGCCUUUUUUUUUUUUUAAAUCACGCGUUCAUCUUGCUAGUUUCAUGUCAAUUCCCCAGUUUUAAAAUGAAUAAAUUAUUUGGUACUCAUC